AGGAGGGGUACAAACGUCCCGCACUGCCACAGACACACACUGGGAGAAGUGUGGGGGCUGGAGGAGGCAGCUGGAGGCAGUGGGACCGGGUACCCUGAAGCCGGAGCAGGAUGAGGAUGAGAAUGAUACAGAAGCUGGAUCCUCAUAGCGUGGGAAAGACGCAAGCUGCUGGUAUCAGACCUGGGGAUUUAUGCUGCUAAUCUGAUUAGUGUAUGAUGGACGUGUCCAGUUGGAAGGAGAUGGAGGUGGCACUAGUCAGUUUUGACAACGCUGAUCAGAUUGUGGAGGAUCCCUGUUAUUCAAAUGACCUCAGUCCCGCUGGGCAGUCGCGGAAGGGCCAUCCCAGCUGCCCCAACCUCCUCUCCAACUGGAGAAUCCUCAUCAACAGUGAAAACGCCAACAAUGAGACCAUUUUCUCCAGGUUCUCUGCUGAGCUCAGUGAGCACCUGGUGGGGGAACGGGUGGGCAUGGAAGAGGGGGACCAACGAGUCAUCAUCAAUAUUGCUGGGCUGAGGUUUGAGACACGGCUCAAGACCCUCAACCAGUUCCCGGAGACCUUGCUUGGGGACCCAGAAAAGAGGAUGCGUUACUUCGACUCCAUGAGGAAUGAAUAUUUCUUUGACAGGAACAGGCCCAGUUUUGAUGGGAUCUUGUACUAUUACCAGUCUGGUGGGAAAAUCCGGCGUCCAGCCAAUGUACCUAUUGAUGUCUUUGCUGAUGAAAUCACCUUCUAUGAGCUGGGUGACGAAGCCAUGGACCAGUUCAGGGAGGACGAAGGGUUUAUCAAGGACCCUGAGACCCUCUUACCAACCAAUGACUUUCACAGGCAAUUCUGGCUGCUCUUUGAGUACCCCGAAAGCUCCAGUGCAGCCAGAGGCGUAGCUUUGGUCUCUGUCCUGGUCAUUGUCAUCUCCAUCAUCAUCUUCUGCAUGGAGACCUUGCCAGAGUUCAGGGAGGAAAGGGAAUUUAAGUCCACCCAGGAGCUUUCUAAGAAUCUGACAGACACCUUGCUGGCCCACAGCACCUUCACAGACCCUUUCUUCGUCAUAGAGACUGCCUGCAUCGUCUGGUUCUCCUUUGAGCUGUUUGUCCGGUUCAUCGUGUGCCCCAGCAAGACUGACUUCUUCAGAAAUAUCAUGAAUAUUAUUGAUAUUGUGUCCAUUAUCCCCUACUUUGUAACUCUCACCACCGAGCUGAUCCAGCAGAGCGAACUCAAUGGGCAGCAGAACAUGUCCUUGGCCAUCCUGCGGAUCAUCCGUCUGGUCAGGGUCUUCCGCAUCUUCAAGCUCUCCCGGCACUCCAAGGGGCUGCAGAUCCUGGGGCAGACCCUCAAGGCUAGCAUGAGGGAGCUGGGCUUGCUCAUCUUCUUCCUCUUCAUUGGCGUCAUCCUCUUCUCCAGUGCUGUCUACUUUGCAGAAGUGGACGAGCCACAGUCCCAUUUCUCCAGCAUCCCUGAUGGCUUCUGGUGGGCCGUGGUCACGAUGACAACCGUCGGCUAUGGUGACAUGUGUCCCACCACCCUGGGUGGGAAGAUUGUGGGGACUCUAUGCGCAAUUGCAGGAGUAUUGACCAUUGCGUUGCCCGUCCCUGUCAUAGUCUCAAACUUCAACUAUUUCUACCACAGGGAGACAGAGAACGAAGAGAAGCAAAUUCUGCCUGGGGAGGUGGAGAGAAUGCUCACCAGUGUGGUGACGGGAAAUGGCAGCAUGGAGUCACUCAAUAAGACCAAUGGGGGUUACCCUCGAGAUAAGGCCAAAAAAUGACAUUGCUGUGAUGGGACUGAGCACUGUCAGGUGGGAUUGUCUGGAUAAGGUAUAAAGCAUCUGCACGCUGUGAUUUUUUUUUAACUGAAUGUGCUGCUGCUGUUUUUUUUCUAGACAUUUUUCACUCUCUGAUUUCCUGUGGCUGUUCAAAUAAAUACCAUCUUUCUUAUCUCUCUUCCCUGCCCAUCAGUCUAUUUUUUUUUAUUAUUUGAUGCUCAUCUGCUUGACAUUUAGCUUUUUUGUCUGUGAUAUCAGUGCCAUUCUCCAUAUGCAAAGAUUUUCCCCAUAUACCAGAAGGGGAAAAAGGCAAAAUGACAUGAACUGCUUUGCCUGGUGGCACCCAGCUGUCCAGGGGUGGAGCUGGUUGCCAUCUUCCUGCAUUUCUUAAUCCAUUUUAAAUAUUUCCUCCACUACUCAGAAUGUGGAUAUCUGAGCAAUCCUCAGAUCUGGAAGUGGUCUGCUUUUAUUUAUUAAUUUAUUUUUCUGGCUGAAAAAUAAGUUAUAUUUUUAGCUAGAUGAGUUCCCUGGUGUGUCUGCCUAAAUAAUUUUGCUGAUGCAGUAGGGUGGGCAGUGAUGGAUGGGAUUGAGCCACUGGGUGUAGGGAUUAAGACAAGAGGGAUGGGGACCAGCUCCACUUGCACAGCCACCAAGAAAGGCCCCAGGGCGUGGUGGCUCAGUGCCCACGGACAUUCAUCUCUGGGAAGGACAGGGGGGAUUUUUCCUGCCACAAAUGCUUGAUGCGUGGGUUAUCUGGUGCACAAAUGCCUUUGGGGAUGAACCUCUGUGACCUUGUAGAUUUUUUGUCACUUAUGUUGCUGAAAAUGGGGCACGGAGUAAUGAGGGCUGACGUUUCCUGACAUUUUGGCUUUGCGUUGUAAAAAUCACUUCUGGUUUUGAAAACAUGCAAAUUUCCAUAGGCAUUUUCAAUGGGAGAAACAGAAACAAAUCAUUUUGCUGUUCUCUCUAAUGCCAGCAGGUUUCCUUCUGACAAAAACAUUUUGUUCCAACUUCACUGUUUCAGUUGGCUUUUUUGAUGUUUCUGCCUACAUUAAAAUCACAGUUUCUCAUACAGUGUCUACACAUCUGCUUUUAUAUCCCACAUCUGUUAUAUAUGAUGUCUCAUCUCCUCAAGGUUCAGUAUGAUCAUUGCACAAUGUGCCAACAUCUUUGGUUUGCAAUUUCGUUCAGAAAGGAGUGAUGAAAGAAUGUUUAUUUAUUUUUGUACCUGUUCUGAUUGAAAAUGUGAGAUAGGGUGUGCUGGGAUUUUCCCUCUGGCAGAAAUCCCACACCCACUUGCUGCAGAGCUCGGGGUCUGGGGGGAUUCUUAUUCUGGUUUGGGGUAUUUUUUUUGUGGGCUUUCUGCAACACCUUUGGUCCACCUGAACCCCAGGCAGGUGGAUCUGGAACAUGAUCAGGACAGGUGUCCUUCAGGGACAAAUCUCCCUUUUAAUUUUCUCCCAUCCCUCACCCUUUUCCUCACCCCAUCCCUCGCCACCCUCACAGCAUCAUCACCGACAGAGGAGGAGCAGUGAGAAAUGUUUACUCUUCCCUCUGUGCUCAAGGGAGAAAUGCCUCAUUAUCUGCGAGGAUGGCUGGAAGAAGAAGAGCUGGGCACAGCUGGAGGAGGCACAGCUGGGCACAGCUGGUGAGCAGCAUUCUGAGACAUCCCCAGCUCCUCUCGUCACUCCUCAUUUCUCUCCAGCUGUUCUGCCACUUCUCUAUUUUUAUUUCAUAGAAGAAAGAAUGAAACUUUUAAAAUCCUUUUAUUUUUUCUUGAGCUCUCCUUCCCAAACUUCACUCCCAUUAUAUCAAAGCUGAAACACUUUCGGUGUUUAUUCCUUGGGAAGCGAUCAUGAAAAACUCUGGUGAAAAGGUUUGGGUUGGGAAAUAUUCAGCCUGCUUCCUAUGGAAAAGCUCUGAGCACGUCCUCACUGCUCUUGCUCCCGUAGCAAUCAGAGAGGGAUUGAAAUGGAGGGUUGCUGGGAUGGAUGGAUUGACAGAUGGAUGGAUGGAUGCAUGGAGAGAUAGGUAGCAGGAUGAACUUGAUUCUUAUUAACUUGUAAAUUUUAUUCUCCAAUAAAAGAGUAGAUGCUUCAAAGUUGAACAUACAGAAAA